CAUAGUGCUUUCCGAUUUAUCAACGGAUUCAUAACUCGUGUAUUGAUAUGUGGUGCUGAGGAAUACUUGAGUAUUUUUGUUAUUUAUACUGCGCAACAUCGACGUUUACCACAGCUCAACCGGAUUUUAAAAGCCGUGGGCGUUUGAAAAAACUGGAUAUUUGAAAAAUCGUUUCCCCACAUCAAUAGAUUAAACGUCCCCAAAGGUUUCAGAUCCAUAUCUGACACCACAUCUCAUAAAUAUUGGAUGGCUUCUGUAAUAUUAAAAAUUGAUGUUUUCAAUUUAAGUUUUCAAAGCGGAGUCGGAGUGUCCGCGGUGAGGGAGGGCGAGAGGAGGUCCAGUCAGACUCUACCUGCUGCCGAUCAAACGCGCGCGCUGUCUCCUCAGGUGCGCGAGGGGGUCACACUCAACCGGACCGAUGAUGUUCGCUCAGUCCAAAUUGUAAGGAAAGCCGCAUCUCUGCGCCAGUUUGGUGGGCUCUAUUGCACGUGUGACGCCUGAGACGAGUGAGACCCAGAUUUUGGAGUCAUUUGAAGACUUAUCUCAAACUCCCGAGGAGCUGCAAUGGCAUCGAUCGGGGAGUUUGAUCCGUUAAACAGCAGCGUACCUGCCACCAAAAUAGAGAUCACCGUCUCGUGCAGGAAUUUGCUGGAUGUUGAUACCUUCUCAAGGUCAGCACCAGUGGUUGUGUUGUAUGUUCAAGGAAUUGGUACUAAGGAGUGGAGAGAGUUUGGUCGAACAGAAGUGAUUGACAACACUCUGAACCCGGACUUUGUGAGAAAGUUUGUCUUGGAUUACUUCUUUGAAGAAAAGCAGAACCUUCGGUUUGAUGUAUACAAUGUGGACUCCAGAAGCUCAAACAUCUCAAAACAUAAGUCCUUCCUCGGCCAGACUUUCUGCACUCUAGGAGAGAUUAUUGGGUCCUCUGGGUCAAGACUCGAGCGGGUGCUUUCGGGCAUUCCUGGGAAGAAAUGCGGGAGCAUUAUCUUCACAGCAGAGGAACUCAGCAAUUGUCGGGACAUUGCAACCAUGCAACUCUGUGCUAACAAGUUGGAUAAGAAGGAUUUCUUUGGGAAGUCUGAUCCCUUCCUGGUGUUUUACCGCAGCAAUGAAGACGGCACGUUCACUAUCUGUCACAAAACAGAGGUGAUAAAGAAUACUUUGAACCCUGUGUGGCAGCCCUUCACCAUCCCAGUGCGAGCUCUCUGUAACGGAGACUAUGACAGAACAGUGAAGGUUGAUGUUUAUGACUGGGACAGAGAUGGAAGUCAUGACUUCAUCGGAGAGUUUACGACCAGCUACAGAGAGCUGUCUCGCGGACAGAGCCAAUUCAAUGUUUAUGAGGUUCUGAAUCCUAAGAAGAAAGGCAGGAAAAAGAAAUACGUCAACUCUGGCACGGUAACACUUUUGUCCUUCAAAGUGGAAUCGGAGUACACAUUUGUGGACUUCAUUCGAGGCGGAACACAGCUGAACUUCACUGUAGCCAUAGACUUCACCGCCUCUAAUGGAAACCCAUCACAGCCGACAUCGCUCCACUACAUGAACCCGUAUCAGCUGAAUGCUUAUGCCAUGGCCCUUAAAGCCGUGGGGGAAAUCGUCCAGGAUUAUGACAGUGACAAACUCUUCCCUGCCUACGGCUUUGGAGCUAAACUCCCUCCUGAUGGCAAGAUCUCUCAUGCUUUUCCCCUGAACUCCGACUGUGAGAAUGCAAACUGUGUCGGCAUUGAAGGCGUGCUGGAGGCGUACUAUGACUGUCUCCGGAAAGUGCAGCUCUACGGCCCCACCAACUUUGCCCCUGUCAUCAACCAGGUGGCACAGUGUGCGUCAGAGGUGACAGAUGGCUCUCAGUACUUCGUGCUGCUGAUCAUCACAGAUGGUGUCAUUUCCGACAUGGUACAGACUAGAGAAGCUGUGGUCACCGCGGCAUCUCUGCCCAUGUCAGUCAUAAUUGUAGGAGUUGGCCCUGCUGAAUUUGAUGCAAUGGAAGAGCUGGAUGGAGAUGAGGUCAGGGUGUCCUCCAGGGGACGUGCUGCUGAGAGAGACAUCGUCCAGUUUGUGCCAUUCCGGGACUACAUUGACCGAUCCGGGAACCAGGUGCUCAGCAUGGCCCGCCUGGCCAAGGAUGUUCUGGCUGAGAUACCUGACCAGCUGCUGUCAUUCAUGAAGAGCAGAGGCAUUGAACCCAGACCAGCCCUCUCCCCCUCUCCCACACCACAGAUAAACGUCCACCUCUGAUCCUAAAGCAGUAUUUUAUUCUCAAACACAGCUAUAUGUUCACAUCUGAAAUCCCUGGGUCCGUCACUGGGGAUGCACAUUUUUACUUUCCACAUCGGUUAGCAGUAGCACAUAAUGUAGUUACAAUAAUAAUCAACUGAAAUCAGGAACACGUUAAUGUAAGUGUGUGGUGAUAAUCUUUAUAAUCAGCCAGUGAUCAAUCAAAAACACAACAGUUUGUGCUGGCCUUCGAAUGGAAGAUGUGGGAGUAUAAAGAGGGUAAAUUUACUGAAAAGAAAUGUCUAGGUCAUAUUUCCCCCACUAAUCUAAAGGUGAGAAAAACAAUAAAAUAAAAUUGUACAUAAAAUACAAUUUACAUUAAUUAAAAUUUAAUCCCAUAUACAGUUAAUGGAAAUGUAUUGCAUUGGGACGUUAUAUUUACAUACAUAAUUACUGAAUAUUUAGAAUUACUAAUAUUACAUGAAAUAAUUAUUUAUAUUACAUACUUUUUAUUUUUUCACCACUUAUUUUACAUUUUUAGUGAAAUCAAAAUGCCCUGAUUAAAUUAAAUAUGAUAUUUCAUAUUUUUAAUAUUUAUAUAUAUUUUUUUUCUCCUUUGUUUUUGUUUACAGCUUUUUUUAAAUUGUUUUAAUUGUUUUUAACUAAAUAAUUAAUUAACUUUAGAGACACUCUAGACUGCCUAUAUUUUGUGUUGAAAUAUCAUCUGGACAUUUCUUACUGAAAUUUCCCCAGGAACGUGAGAGUCUGUUUUCUCACACCCAGCAGAGACAGACAGAGGCUGUGCUGUACGCUGAAAUACCCAACCACGCAUGCACAGGUCACCUUUAACAUCAUCAUCUUUAUAUAUUUCAUGUCGUUUCAUAGGCCAAUAUAAUUUUUCAUUUUUUCACUGGCUGAAUUAGUUGCGCCUGCACACUCUUGAGUGUGUAAAUAUUUUCUAAUUUGUGCCCGAUUUUGAAAGGAGCUAAUAAGUAGCUACAUGUGGCAGAAAAACAGAUGCCUGUGCGGGAACACCGACGCACCCGGAGUCUUCCGCACAACUCGAGUGGAUGCAGCUAAUUACCUGCAGAAACAGAGGUGCCAAUCAGUGCAAUUCAACCAGAGAGAGGAAGAUUGAGGGAGGAAAUAUCCAGAGUGCAAUCAGCAGAGGUUAAUGGGCACAGGAGAUAAGCAGACGAAUGGUGUGACAAAGAUAAAUCAGGUGAUCAGCUGAACUACAUGAAAUGAGGGGGAUUUUUUUAAAUGCAGGGACAAAGGUGGAUUUUACAGGUGAAUCUCAUGGAGAAACGUCUGGGUCAUAUUUUACCCCAAAUCAAAAAAGGACCUUUAAGAUGUCAUGCAUUGUGACAUUUUUAUGAUAUUUCUUCCUCUUUUCCUCAUUCUCAUAACUAUAAAUUCUCAAUACUGUUAAAUUACCAGACCCAUUUUUUUUUAAAGUCAUCCUAAAUUCAGAAUGCUAUCUUUAUAUACACUUGCAAUUGCACUUUAAAAAUAUACUUUAUAAUUUAAAUUAGGUAUGCACUAUACUGUAUAUUGGUACCUUAUUUGUUAUUGGUUAAGGUUGAAUAUUUUUUUUUUUUUGCAUUUCAGUUACCUUUGGUUUUUCUAAUGCUCACCUAAAGUUUAUAUUUAAAAACAGUAAUUUAAACACUAAUAUGUCUGUCUUCAGCGAAUAUCUAAUUAAAUAUCUAUUUUUCAGACUGUACAUUAUAAGAGUUUACGAUGUUGUGAUGCCUAAAUUCACUUGUAGCAUUUACAAUAUUUUAUUUUUAUUAAGUAUUUUUAAUGCAUUUAGACAAAAUAUUUUAGAAUUUUAGUAUCAAUAUCGGUUUAAUAUAUAAGUUAUCGGUUAUAACAUGAAAAUGUUUAAAUAGUAAAAAAAAAAUAUAGUUAACAUCAGUGCAUAGCUAAUUAAAAAAAGUGUGUAUUGAAAUUAAUAUGCUCCUAAAUGGUAGAAAAUAAUGUCACAAUGCAAAAAACUCAAUUGUCCUAAAAAUAGGCUUGUUUUUCCCCACCUUUUGAAUUACAGUAGGGAUGACACAUGACCUGGACAUUUCUUGACUUUUUUUUCAUGGGGUUCACCCUUGCGUACACUGCCAUGUUGCAAAUUUCAUUCCAAAAAUGAAUGUAGACUCACUGAAUGUUUGCAGAGAUUGGAACAUUCCAGUAGAAUCUUUGAUUUUUCCAUUGUUUCAUUUUGCUGUACAUAAUGAAUAGUGCAAUAACCUUCGACAUGCAUUACUGCAUCUCACCACAAUUUAUGGCUGUAUUUCCAUCACAACCCUUGUUGCUGUGAUCAAAAUAUUGCUCAGAUACUUUCCUGUUGAAUACUGUUUUCUCCAUAUUUAUAUAUACUAUAAUCUGUCGGAAAUGUUCUAAAUGUUGCUCAACUGUAGAUUUGAAUGAUAUUUGUUUCAUAGUUAAGACAGAUAUAGUAAACAGCUGCUUGUGCCAAAGUGCUACCAUGUAAAACAUUCCUGCCAAGGUUGUGUAUCGAUAUGUGUGAGGAAAAAAUCUUCCUUUUAUAUCUCUUUGUCGUGUUUUUAAUAAAGCAUGAACGUCUUGUGUUGA